AUGGGUUCUGGAUCUCCUCCUCUCCCAGGCUCCAAGCCCAAGUCGGCCAUCCCUGCUCACCUCCUGAACGGUGGAUCUCCUCUUCAUAACACUGUGGGUGCCCGUGAUGCUCGGGAACGCGAGAGCCUGAAUACUUCUAUCCGGUCCUCGUUUGCUCCUCGCGUCCCCGCCGAAUUCGAUCUGCCCGAGUCGGCCGCACAACCCGUCGAGAACACUGUCAGCAGCUAUGAUACGCUAACUCGUAGCCCUGGAGCCACAAAGCCGACCUUGAGUGACCCCGCCCGCGAUCCCAGAGAUGAGGCUGGCGCCUUGACCCCGCCGGCGACCGCCAGCCGUCCGGCUAGUCCCUAUACUUUAUAUCCUCCAAUUGAUUUUGACGGGCUUAGCUGGCCGUGCCCUGGAACCAGAGCGCGGUUGGAGUCGACCCCCGACCAGAAUGAGGAGCGCAUUCAGAAACUUGCAGGUGCUGUAAGGACGAUUCUCGAAUGCCUGGGAGAAGACCCGGAGAGGGAGGGACUGCGGGAAACUCCCGAGCGGUAUGCGAAGGCUAUGCUUUACUUUACCAAGGGCUACGAGGAGAAUGUGAGGGAUCUUGUCAAUGGGGCCGUCUUCCACGAGGAUCAUGACGAGCUGGUGAUUGUGAAGGAUAUCGAAGUGUUCUCUCUGUGCGAACACCACAUGGUCCCCUUCAUGGGAAAGAUGCACAUUGGUUACAUUCCCGAUCGCCGUGUGCUUGGUCUCUCUAAGCUAGCUCGUCUUGCGGAAAUGUUCUCUCGGAGACUCCAGGUGCAGGAGCGUCUUACUAAACAGGUCGCUCUUGCGAUCUCGGAAGUUCUCAAGCCUCGAGGUGUCGGCGUUGUGAUGGAAUCCUCCCAUCUCUGCAUGGUGAUGCGUGGGGUGCAGAAGACUAGCAGCUCCACUACCACCAGCUGCAUGCUUGGGUGCAUGCGGUCGAGUGCAAAGACCCGGGAAGAGUUCUUAACCCUCCUCAACAGAAAAUAAUGUUUGAUAUCUUUAUAAAUGUAUCGACGAUCCAUAUCGGUUACCCCUCAUUUUAACAGUGGACGGUAUUCAAGAGUUCAAGGAGUUUUGGCGGUUCACCUUUCAACAGGUUCUUGGGAUUGGUAUUUUGUUUUGGAUGAAGCAACUGUGUGUUCUUACAUGCUUUCUUUCUUUCUUUCUUUUGUUUUUUUUUUUUUUUUUUUUUU